AUGGCAACUCAUAUGCCCAUGGCAGCGACGAGGCAGCCCUUUGCACCUCUGAACAGCUCGCGCCUUCAGAACCUCACAAGUCUCAAGAACCGUCAGAAUGCAUUGUCAAGCACUCUCUCCUCGCCCACCAAACGCAAAGCCACGGCCUUCGAGGAUGACGAUUCCGAGAACAUCGACCCCUCCAUCUUCCUUUCGUCCAAACGCUCGCGAGCCCCCGAUGGCAGCGGCAAAGACACCAUCACCAAACCCACCAAUUUCUUCCUAACCAAGGCACCUCCCUCUUCCAAUGAUUUCACCUCUCUAAAAGCCGCCCAAGCCCCCUCUGCUCGUCGUCCAAUUCUCACUGCUCGUUCCCCAGCAGCACCCAGACUCAAUACCUCGAUCUCAAAGAGUACCCCGCUCUCAGCACCUGCCGGCCGCUCCCCAACCCGCAAACGCAUUGGGAUCCUCAAUCGUCGCCGCACAUCAGCACCCUUCACACGCGUCGAUCCCCCCAAAUUCUGCACGCCAUCGACAUCCUCUGGCCUCGGAUUCAGCAUUGAUGCCGCACUCUCCGGUACCAUCCCUUCAUACGGGGCACGUCCACGUGCAGCCCCUUCGUCGGCGGCCUCUAAAGAGAGCAGCAUCCUGCCAGUAUCCCUCCACCAACCCGAGGCAAAAGAAUCAUGGUUCUUCGACAUUCACGAGGAUACCGCUGAGGAACUAGCCACGAACCUAAUGGAACAUUCUACAUGCACGCUGGAUAUCAGCUCGGACGAGGAAUCCGCGGCGAGACUAAGAGACGAGCGAGGGAAGGAAAAUGUCCCACCCCCAGAUGAUAUCUCUCAAACGCGCACCCCUCUUGCUACCGCUGUUGAUUCUAGCGAGUCGUCCAUGUCCGACCUAAAAGCGCGUGUUCGUGCUCGGCGUUCACGGCACGAUGUAGUAGAAGAAGGUGCUAUUGAGCUUGAUCGCAAUCCACUCGGCGAUCUCGUCGCUGAAGAUUUCUAUGCCGACGGCUGUGAUGGGUCUUCCGUCAUCCUGGUCCCUUCAGAAGAAGAAGCCAAGGAGCAAGCCGAAGUACCGAUGGCUUUCGACUUCAGUGCUGAUGUCAAGGGCAAAGGCAGGGAAAUUGACAGCGAGGCGGUCGAUGUCUUAAUGCAGAAAGACGAUUUUGAUAUCGCGCCCAAAGCUGCGUUGUUGGAGCCAAUUGAGAAGCCGGAGGACAAUUUCGAGGUUUGGGAGAGUGGGAGUGCGAAGGAUGAGACGGAGUGUUAG